CCUUCUCCAACCACUAUUAGCUCAAAACACACACAAUGAGACCCAGUAGUAUAGUACUGCUCAUAUGUCUCACACUCGGAGCAGUCACACUCACUGAGUCAACUCAGCCACCGUUCGCCUGUGACUCGUCCAAACCCACCACCAAAUCAUACCCAUUUUGCAAACUCAGUCUCCCCAUCUCCGCCCGAGUCAAAGACCUGGUCUCACGCCUCACACUCGACGAGAAGAUCUCGCAACUCGUUAACACUGCGCCGGCGAUUCCCCGACUCGGUAUCCCGGCGUACGAGUGGUGGUCGGAGGCUUUGCACGGCGUUUCUAACUCCGGUUAUGGUAUUUUCUUCAAUGGCACUAUUAAGUCGGCUACUAGUUUCCCACAAGUUAUUCUUACUGCAGCUUCCUUUGAUGCCGGACUCUGGUAUCGAAUCGGUCAGGCAAUUGGAUUGGAGGCAAGGGCAGUAUAUAAUGAAGGGCAAGCCCAUGGGAUGACAUUUUGGGCCCCAAACAUAAAUGUGUUUAGGGACCCAAGGUGGGGUAGAGGUCAAGAGACACCUGGCGAAGAUCCAUUGGUUAGUGGCAAAUAUGCAAUUUCUUAUGUUAGAGGGGUGCAAGGUGACACUUUUCAAGGUGGAGGGCUUAAAGAUGGACAUCUUCAAGCUUCUGCUUGUUGCAAACAUUUCACUGCUUAUGAUUUGGAUCAUUGGAAAGGUGUUAAUAGAUUUGGUUAUGAUGCUAAGGUGACAAAGCAAGAUCUUGCGGACACAUAUCAACCACCCUUCCAAAGUUGCAUACAACAUGCACAAGCCAGCGGAAUCAUGUGCGCUUACAACCGUGUCAAUGGAGUCCCAAACUGUGCUGAUCAUAAUCUUUUAUCCAACAUUGCUCGAAAGCAAUGGGGCUUUCAAGGGUACAUCACAUCAGAUUGUGAUGCAGUAUCCAUCAUAUAUGAUGUUCAUAAAUAUGCCGAAACACCAGAAGAUGCAGUUGCAGAAGUGCUUAAAGCAGGCAUGGAUGUCAACUGUGGUUCCUACUUGAAGAACCACACAAAAUCAGCCGUCCAAAAGAAGAAACUCCUAAUAUCAGACAUAGACCGAGCCCUUACCAACCUUUUCACUAUGAGAAUGAGACUUGGCUUGUUCAACGGGAACCCAAGUUCACUCCCAUACGGCUCUAUCGGUCCGAACCAGGUCUGCUCCAAAGCGCACCAAGACCUAGCCCUCGAGGCUGCAAGAAGCGGCAUUGUCCUUCUAAAGAACUCUGCUAAACUCCUCCCAUUAAGAAACACCAUCUCAUCACUAGCCGUUAUAGGCCCGAAUGCCAACUCAGCACAUACCCUUGUCGGGAAUUAUGCGGGCCCACCUUGCAAAUCUAUUGAACCACUCAAAGCCCUUCAAAGUUAUGUGAAAAACACACAGUAUCACAAAGGGUGUAACUUCGUUAACUGUACAUCUGCUUCUAUUAACGAGGCGGUUCAGGUAGCCAAGAACGCGGAUUAUGUUGUCUUGUUUAUGGGGUUGGAUCAAGGGGAGGAAAGGGAGGAUUUUGAUCGCGAUAAUUUGGUGCUUCCGGGUCAGCAACAAGCUUUGAUCACCGCGGUUGCUAAAGCUGCCAAGAAACCGGUGGUUUUGGUCAUGAUUUGUGGUGGUCCGGUGGAUAUUUCGUUCGCUAAACGUGAUCCAAAGAUCGGUGGGAUCUUGUGGGGUGGUUAUCCCGGUGAAUCGGGUGGCAUUGCACUUGCCGAAACAAUCUUUGGUGAUCAUAAUCCAGGAGGCAAGUUACCUAUGACAUGGUACCCAAAAGAAUUUGUCAAGAUACCAAUGACAGACAUGAGAAUGAGACCAGACCCGUCUUCGGGCUAUCCGGGCCGGACAUAUAGAUUCUACACGGGCCGUAAAGUUUUUCGGUUCGGAUACGGGCUCAGCUACACAAAAUACGCAUACGAAUUCGUAUCCGUCACACAAAACAAACUCUCUUUAACCCAACUUUCAAGCACGGGCGCCACACUUCAAAACUCGGAUUCAGUUCAUUAUACAUCUGUUACCGACACAGAAACCGAAUCAUGUGAAAAUGCCAAGUUUUCAGCAACUGUGGCGGUCCAGAAUCACGGGGAAAUGGAUGGUAGACACGCGGUUUUAAUGUUUGUGAAGCGAAAUGAUGUUGCGAAUGGGAAGCCGAGGAAGGAGUUGGUGGGUUUCGAGAGUGUGAAGACGAAUGCCGGAGAAAGAACUGAAGUCGAAUUCGUUAUUAGCCCGUGUGAGCAUUUUAGGACCGCGAAUGAAGACGGGUUGAUGGUGAUCGAAGAGGGGACUCGUUAUCUUUAUGUGGGUGAUCAACAAUACCCUAUUUCGGUUUUACAUUGAAGUUGAUGGAAUUUAAACAGUUUUAACUAAAACUACGUUAUAUUAAGAUCAUGUUUUGCUUUGAGUGGCGGAAUUAAAAUCUUUUUUGGGAUA